AUGGAAAAAAAAAUUAUAAUUGAAAAUAGCCAACAUCCUGAAUUUGGAGAUAUUUAACAAUUAAUAGGAAUAGGUAUAAGAAUAGGUGACAUAUAGACAGCAUUGAUAGAAGAUGACUAUUUUGAAAUGAAUGAGUAAGAGCAAUCUGAUUAUUUUCAUAAGAAAGGAAUUUUUAAUAACUUUGAUGAUAUUUACUUUUCAUUAGGUGAAUUUGAAGCAAUUCAUAUUGAUAAUAGUGUUAUUGAAGAAUAUAAUGCAGAGGAUGAUUUAAAAGAUGUUCCUUUAAUUGAUAUUACAAUUACGAAUUCUUAAUUAUCUGAUAAAGUUUUGAAUCAUUUGCUAUAAUCAAUAAAUGUAUAAUACUUAUAAACUCUAAAUUUAUCUAAUAAUCAACUUGGUUUGUGUGAUUUAAAUGAAUUUGAGUAAAUAAUUGAUAUUCUUAAUAAAAAAGGAGCUAAAAAUAUUUAACUAAAUUUAAAGGGUAAUCCAAUAAUACAAAAAUAUUAAAUUGAAAGAGGGAGUUUACCAACAAUUAAAACUAAUCCUUAUACAUGUUUUACUCAAUUAAUUUGGUCUUGA